CUAAGUAGUUUCGUUUUUAUCCUAGAUGCCGUCAAAAAAAGUGACGAUGAUGAACUAAGACUAGUAAAAGACCUAUUUAAUAACUACAGCAAGGAGGUCAGGCCAGUAAAGAACAAAAAGGCUGCAAUCAAAGUGAUAUUUGGAAUCGCUUACACGCAACUUGUUGAACUGGUAAGUACAUUCAAAACUGUUUGUGUUCAAGUUUGAAGUUGAAGUCAAGUUUGAAGCCAAGUUUGAAAGCGAUCAGUUGUUGUCGCCCAAUUUUACAGACGUUUGUAUGGUGGGAGGCAAGUUCGUGCACCCCACGAUGGUUAAGAUAACCCAGGGUUAGUGCGAGAUUUGAAUUCAGAUUUGAAAGCUUAAAAAGCAUUUUAGUUUUAAUUCUUUUUGUCCACAAGUAAAUGGUUGGAAGUUCUAAAAAUUACAGAGAAAAUUAUCCGAGAAAAUGCUUUUGAACAUAAGAAAAAUAAACCCGGGUUAAGUGCUAAUCGGCCUUCGAACAACUGGGCCCAGAAAUGUAAAGACCAUGUCCUCAGACCCCUGAGCCGACCUAGAGACCAUUUUGAGCACCAUUUCUUCCAUUCAGCUUGUACAGACAAAUGGCGAGCGAAGCAAGCCGUGAAAGAACUCAUCCCUCGUGCUCGCGUCUUCUUCCGCGUUCCGGGCUCUCGCGUAAAUUCUCGUGACUCUCCCAAGUGGAGGGCUUGCUCGCCGGCUAAAUGACAUCUUUUAAUUUACGCGUUAUUCUUCAUAAACAGGAUGAAAAGAAUCAGGUUCUUGUGAGUAAUGUGUGGAUAAGACAAGUGAGUAUAUAAGUGACUUUUCUAUAGAAGUUAAUUUAUAUGGAACGUGAGAAUUUGGGUCUAAUUUUCCGUACAAAGCUCAAUAAAGAUUCAGUUUCGUUCUAACAAUCAACCCAUCAAUCAGUCAAUCUCGAUCAUACCAACAACAUCUAAAUCAAUCUCUCACCAACCAAUGAAUAACUGUUGGCUUAAUCUUUCAUUCAAGUCCUAAGUCAUCCAUCUAUCCACAGGCGGUAUUUAAUUUAUCAGUCUACAUUAUCCUUUCAUCCAUCGAUCUAUUCAAACAUCCAUCAAAGAGGCAACGUAUAAAUCAACACCCUUCUCUGAUAAUUAAUAGAAAAGCUCCACUCUAUUUAAUGACAGAAAUUUCCUAAAGAUUGAAUUGCUGAGCACCAAAGCCCGGGCGUGGUGCACCUGAGGGCUCGCACUCUCGGUGAAUGAGUACGAAAGCCCACGGAUAUAUCACUAGGAAUAAACUCCUUUAAGGUCUUUUGAUUGAGCUAGCAAGGCCACACGCAUUCAUGAAAUCACUAAAUCGUAUGUUCAGAUUUCGUUCCUCUGGGCUUAAUUUUUUUUUCCAUUUCUACCCCACAAGAGUUAACCAGCGUAAAUUUUUUUGAAAUACGUAUUCGACAGAAAUGGAACAAUCAUUUGUUACGUUGGAAUGCAUCUAAUUAUGGGGGAAUAAAGUCCAUCAACGUGGAUCCCAAACUCAUCUGGCUUCCAGACAUAGUUCUGUACAACAAGUAAGUGAAGAUUAUCUUCAUUCAGCUAUCGACAAUUGUUGGUUUUCACAUGACGUCACUAAAAUUCAAACUAAAAAACUAUUGAUCCUACCCAGAUUUUACUUUCACGAUGCAUUAGAACAGCUGAAAACUAAGUUUCACAUAAAUUUUCGCUUCAAAAGGGUUCUUGGUUUUGUGAUAGAGUACGCUUGAAUUUCUAAGCUUUUGCGUGACGCGGAAUUUACAUGACGGCUAAGAGAGCUGUCAUGUAGGUUAAAAAAAAAGACUUAUUUCAGGCCCCGGGCAACUGAGGCGCGUUGACGGAGGACGGGACAUUUGCCCUCUUUUUUCGCCCCCACCCCGGGGUAUUUGACAGCUCAAGAGUCCCCACCCCCGGGAAUUUGCCAUCCAAGGCAAAAAAAUGCUAAUGCCCGGGGGUCAGCCUGGGGGGGUGCUGGGCGCAGGUGGAAUUGACUGGUGCAUAAACAGUUCAUGUAUUAGAAAAAGAAUUACUUCAAUGUUUAUGAGUUUCUCGAAGAAUAAAUUCACGCUUUUGUAGCAAAACUCGGUAACAGAUGUUUCUGUUGGUUUCCGUCCGCCAUGUUGGAGCUCAUCCAGGUGAGUACCAGCAUGGCGUCUCCAUACAAAUCUCUAUAAAGUUUGGGUAAAACAUUUGUUCACAGGGUCCAGAGGAGUUACGUGUGAAUAAAUGAAUUACUUAUUUAAAGUCUCACCUUGAAAAAUGUCUAUACCUGUCGCUUAGCACGAUUAAUUAGCCCAAUGGGAUCUUUAUGAAUCUACUGUAAAAGAUUUCUUCGCUUUUUAUCUGACCCAGAUCGACUUUGUUGUUCGCCAUUUUGAAAAUCAAUAACCGCAAGUCGUAUCCUCGCUGGCGCACAGCACGUCGCCCGAAGGGCGACCGAGGCACGAAGUGCCGAGUAAAAAAUACUGUAAGCCGAUCUCGCGAGCCCGCAGUCUCUUGGCUAAAGAAUGUGUAACGAAACUGUAACACGAUCAAAAUAACCCAUUUUUUCAGAGGUUUUCGACGGGUUUUGAUGUUCUAACGACAAACACAUCUCCUCUGGACCCUGUGAUUUCUUCGGAUAUCUCGUAUACGAAAUAUUCCUCUGAACUGAAUCUUGGCGAGGGUCUUUGUAUAUCUACCUCCUUUCAUUUUCCAGAUUCUGGACUUCAUCUAUUGAACGGUUUUGAUUUUAUUCUGAUCUAUUUUAAAUGGCGUGACACUGAAAACCAACAAUAGUUCUACCUUUGCAUAGGCAUUGUACUGUUAGGCUAUUUCCCCGUCUCUCAACGGGAUGCUGCGCACGAAGUACUAGUUAAUUAAUACGAAGAUCCCUUCUGGAGAGGGAACAGCAUGUAGUCUACCUGCUGGUAGUGAAAGGCUUGAACCUUAUUACUCAGUUAUAAUAAAAUACACUUUCAGUCUUUAUCCAGCACGGAAUGCGAAGUACCUGUUCUGCAUUUCAGCGCUGUCCUUAUUUAGCUAACCCUGCGGCAGCCUGUGAAAAAACGGCUCUACGUUUGGAGAUUUAACGAAUAAAAAGAAUUGAUUAGAAGGCUAGAAAAUCAAAACAGACGGGGAGAAGGAAUGGGGAAAAAACGUAACUGCGGGACAUAAAUGAAUCAGGAAAAUUACAGCCUUCGAGGAAGUUCUCCAAUUGCAAAUUACUCGUGACCCCUCGUUUCUCUCGAUUUCGAAAGACAAGGGUUUGCUUAAGGGGUAAAAAAAAUGGACCAAUUUAGGUUUCUGGGAAACUGCCCACCUACCUCUCCCCUAAGCCAAGCUUUUGCCUUAAGUGAGAUUAAUUGAUCCGAAAAGAUAAAUUCAACGGUGACAGUAGCAUAGGUCACGCACCCAUGUUCGGUGGUUUAAACGGUGUGGUAGGUUUUAGUUCGGUUAUAUCUUAGCUAAUUCGCCCUCCUACGAGUUAAGCCACUUAAAUAAUAGCACAUGACCUUAAUAAUAUUCCCCCACAUUUUAUUCAUGAGAUAAAGUAUGACGUCAUCGUCGGUAAAAUAUUCCGCGCAAAAAAGGGGUCUAACCAGAGCGCCAUAUAGUACUGGUCCCGAUUGUUCAAAUGUUGGAAUACACCAUCCACCAGAUAAAUCACUAGCUAGUGGAUAGGUAUUAGAGAAAACAUUUGCGUUAUCCCCUGGAUAGAGAUAUAUCCAUUGGAUAGCGUAUAGUAAUCUACCUUUUGAACAACUGGGGCCUGGUGUAGAUAUGCUUAUCUCCGUUCGCGUUCUCGAGCUUGGUACCAGCACUAGCCUGUUCACCUGUCCACAGGCUAUGUUGUAUGCGCAUGCUCGUGUUGGUCUGAGUCAUUGCUUUGGCAGGAGACCAUAGAUAUAGGCUCCUGCUUUGGUUAUGACUUGAUUGGCACAACAAACACACUUCGCUUUCCGAAAGCAACCACAUUAAGGCCGAUUUAGACUCCCUGAGUGUAAAAGAUAAGCCGGAGACUAUUCGAAUAGAGUUGAAUUGCUUACAAGUCAUAUUCUACCCAGCCACAAGGUCUCCAUGCAAGAACUAGUUGAUCGAAUACGAAGAGUCAUCUGCCGGGGGCGGGGGAAGAGAUACUGAUAAGCAACGAAUUAGACAAAUAUUUACAUAGAUAUUGGAGAGUUUUUGUGAGCAAGGAAUCAGCUACACUAGAUUCUCUACGAAAACAAGAGCUCUGACAUAAAGUAACAUGUGUUCCACCAUUUUCAGUGCGAAUACAGGAAUAACAAGCGGUAACAUGGACCAGUUCAAGACCAGAGUGAUUCUCACUUCUGAUGGGACUAACCAAUGGUAAGCGUUUAAUAUGGGAAUCUAGCAAUGAAAGUAACAAACAUUCUACGAUAUGCGGCAAUAAUUCUAAAAACUAAAAUUAAAGAGUUUUAACUGCAUCUUUAGAAUACUCAACUAAAGUGAAAAAAGAACUCCUACUUGUGGCUUUUCUCUGAUUUUUCAUGACUGGUGACUUUCCUCUGUUAAUGUCUCAGAGUUUGUUAAUGCUACUUAGUUGUGGGGCGAUAAAAAUGUUUUUUCCGUAGCACUAGUGCCAGGAGGUACUUGCGAAGACUUGGACACUGGCGGAAACACCUCUUGUUUUAGGAAGCUGUAUAAUCGUUCUUGCUGCCGGAGUCCUUUUCUAAGCCGCUUUUCUUUUCGGUCUCCGAAGUCCGGUCUUUGAUCCUCCUCGAACCCAGAAAGAUAAGUGGAGGCUCAUUUUCUUCAUCAACGGCUUGUAAUCGAGUUUAGUCCCUUUCCCGAUCGGGGUUGGAAUGAGUCAGAUCCUGCUCGUUAAGACCACCUUUGUAUUUUAGUUCAAACAGGAGAAAUGGUAGGAGGGAGGGGACGUAGACCCCAGUUGUGUUGCCAGCCUUUCCUGGGCUGGGUAGGUUAUCUGUAUUAAGGAAAGAUCUUAAUACAAGGAUAACCUUUCAUGAUCCUCCUUCAGGUGUCGUAAUGGCUACCUGUAAACAGUGUAUGUAAUUCAACCUCGGUAAUAAGAAUUUAGAAUCUGAAUCUGAUUCAAUAUCUGUUUUAGGUUUGCUCCCACCAUUCUUCGAAGUCGCUGUGCCAUUGAUAUCAAGUUCUUUCCGUUUGAUGAUCAGAAAUGCGAUCUCCAUUUUGGUUCGUGGACGUAUGAUGGACUCAGAGUGGAUUUGAUAAAUGCCAGCACUGGUGUCGACCUGGCUUCUUACAUGGCCAGCGGCGAGUUUGAAAUGGUUGAGGCACCCGUUAAACGAACUAUUGUCCAAUAUAGGUAAGGUCAAUUCUACUGAGAAACCUCAUAAUGGGUCAUAAAAGGCUUUUAUUAACGAGAAUAAUAACAAAAACUUAUAAGUACAUAAUUAUCCUCUCCGCAUAAUGGCUCGCCCUGGAUAACGAAACAAUAAUUCAAUUCCAUAUCAAACAUAUCGGUGUUAAGAACCCCAAAUGGCAGUAAGUAAACCAACAGUUGGCUAAUUAUUUAUUUUGAUGUUUGGCCCGGCCAGUAGUUGAAUUCGGGACUUCAUUACAAUCUUGUUGAAUUUAUGGAGUGUUCCUACGAAAGAGGUUCUUGCUUAAUAAAAUACAUAAUUUUUUUAAAAAAAAUGAUUACAAGAGUGUCUUCCUUCAAGUUUGGACCGAAAGAAUAUGAUAGUCACUAAGGUUUUUUAGAGAGGUUUCCACUGUAUUUUCUAAGGUCAGUCACUAGUACCCUGCUCCCCCACCCUCCCCCUUUCAUUAUAAAUAUCCCCCGCUAUCCUUUCUUAGAUACAAUGCCUGCUUGCUCUCGUUUCUCUGUUAAGUGAUCCAGCACCUAACCUUUAAUCUUUUUAAUUUUCACUAGCUGCUGCCCUGAACCUUACCCAAACGUGAUUUUUACGCUUCACAUCAGAAGAAAAGUUCUGUUCUACUUUAACAAUCUGAUUGUUCCCUGUUUUCUCAUCACGGCUUUCGCACUUUUGACCUUCGUUUUGCCGCCAAACACCGGAGAAAGGGUAACCCUGGUGAUCACCACGCUCCUCGCCAUGACUGUGUUUAUGCUGAUGAUUGCCGAAAACACUCCGACCACGUCCGAUGUGACUCCAUUAAUCGGAAAAUUCUUCGUGGCUUCUAUGGUGGAGAUAGGACUGGCUCUGAUUGCAACCUGUUUUGUUUUGAACCUCUACGAGGCUACGGGACCAAGUUCUGAAGUCCCGCGAUGGAUUCGUGUAUUACUAAUCGAUAUUUUCGCGCCGUUACUUCUAGUUGGAAGGCCAAAGCCGAAGCCAAAACGAAAAUUCAAUCCGUCGGAGACCAAUCGGAGUAACCAUUCGUACAGCCCAAUCUUGACCGAACACAACGGAAAUAAUAUGGAAAUGGAAUGUGGUGCAAAAGAUGUUCUAGUUGUGGCACCAAAGGUGGGUGACAAGGUCCUAACGUCCCGAGAUUUCAUCAAUUCUGUGCAUGAAAAUAACAUCCGACACAGGGGAAAUUCUACUCAGGAAAAACUACUCGAAGGAAUCAACGUACUUACUGAGCGUGCAAAAGAACAGGAAAAACAAGAUGAAAUGAAGGAAGAGUGGGAAUCAGUGGCUAAAGUUAUAGAUCGGUUGUUCCUGCUACUUUUCAUCGCAACAGUUGCGAUAUCAACGUCGCUCAUCUUUUUACAGCGGCCCAGUUAUGCUACUAUGUAA